AUGAAUGAACUCCCAUUCACAAUAGCUUCAAAGAGAAUAAAAUACCUAGGAAUCCAACUUACAAGGGAUGUAAAGGACCUCUUCAAGGAGAACUACAAACCACUGCUCAGUGAAAUAAAAGAGGACACAAACAAAUGGAAGAACAUACCAUGCUCAUGGAUAGGAAGAAUCAAUAUCGUGAAAAUGGCCAUACUGCCCAAGGUAAUUUAUAGAUUCAAUGCCAUCCCCAUCAAGCUACCAAUGACUUUCUUCACAGAAUUGGAAAAAACUGCUUUAAAGUUCAUAUGGAACCAAAAAAGAGCCCGCAUUGCCAAGACAAUCCUAAGCAAAAGAACAAAGCUGGAGGCAUCACGCUACCUGACUUCAAACUAUACUACAAGGCUACAGUAA